CUGAUAGCUGUUAUGACUUUGCCUAUCACCCGGUUUCGGCUUGACGUCGACUUCUGGGACACCCUUUAGAUAAAUUCUGGAAAUGAGCUUAUGAAUUGACUGUUUACCAUCAAUCAACUUUUCCCGUGUUCUGUCGUUCUCUCGAUGUAUGUAUUGUUCACCAUAAUCUACACUUCAAAUAUUUUAAAUAUUGUAUAAAUGUCUGUUAAGGCGGUUAAGCGAAGGAUUAGCUGCACGUUCCAUUUUUUUCAAAUCGAUAAGGUUUAUGAAAGUAAUCUAAAGCACCUUUUGUUCCUAGAUUUAUGUGGGUUGUAAUGAAAUUUAACGAAGUUCAAAUGUGAUUUUAUUACACUGUCGCCCACAAUUUCGCUGCACGAAAAUUCACUGCGGUCGAAAAAGUCAAACCGUUUUUAACUUAGUACUCCACAGAGCGAGGAUAGUUAUUAACUUGACUAGGUAUAUGAACGAAUGUGAUAUUUUAAUAGGUGGGACAACUUUAUGUUUACUACAUUUCUUCCGAAGUCCAGAAAACGAAGUCACAUAAACUUCGAAAGACGAUGAAAUAGACAACAAUUGCGUAGUGAGAGCGAGAGGAUUACCUUGGCAGAGCAGUGAUCAAGAUAUUGCCAAAUUUUUUAUUGGUUUGAAUGUCGCAAAAGGCGGCGUGGCGUUGUGCCUAAGUGCCCAAGGAAGGCGGAACGGUGAGGCUCUAGUACGUUUCUGCAGCCAGGAGCAUCGCGACAUGGCUCUGAAAAGGCACAAGCACCACAUCAACCAUCGGUACAUCGAGGUGUACCGAGCGACGGGCGAUGACUUCCUGUCAGUAGCAGGGGGCGCCAGCUGCGAAGCGAGGGCGUUCUUGUCAAGAGGGGCUGCUGUCAUCGUCAGGAUGAGGGGUUUGCCGUACGACUGUACUGCUAAACAAGUGCUGGACUUUUUCUCGUCCGGUGAGAAUCCUUGCCAAGUGAUGGACGGUGUGGAUGGAGUCCUGUUCGUACGGAAACCAGACGGCAGGGCCACCGGAGAUGCUUUCGUACUGUUCGCCGAAGAAUCAGAUGCACCAAGAGCGCUGACGAAGCAUCGGGAAUGCAUAGGCUCCAGGUAUAUAGAACUCUUCAGGAGCACUACUGCCGAAGUACAACAGGUGCUAAAUAGGUCGAUGGACUCGAAACCGUACGAUCCGGUCCCCCUGCUGGCUCAACUGCCGUUGCCAGUGGCCCCUUUCUUGCCACAGCGGAUCAUCACUUCUGGCACCAGCAAAGACUGCAUUCGACUUAGGGGCCUGCCGUACGAAGCGCAAGUCGAACACAUACUCGAGUUCCUUGGAGAUCAUGCCAAAAAUAUCGUAUUCAGGGGCGUGCAUAUGGUGUAUAAUGCACAGGGUCAACCCAGCGGCGAAGCCUUCAUCCAAAUGGACUCCGAGCAGUCCGCGUUCGUUGCUGCCCACCUAAAACACCAUCACUACAUGACCUUCGGCAAGAAGCAGCGCUACAUCGAAGUAUUCCAGUGCUCGGGCGAGGACAUGAACCUGGUGCUGACCGGAGGGUUGCCCCACCCUCGGGUGGUGUCGCCGGCGGCGGCCCCGAAGCCGCCCGCUACGGCCGCAGUACGCGCCGCACAGGCGCACGCAGUGGCCGCCGCAGCCGCCCACGACAUGCUCAGCCUCGGCGGCAAUCAGCUGAUUUCUCCAGCUGCGGCAGCCCCGGCGUUCGGCCCCCCACCACCAGGUACCACCUUCGGCGCUGUUCCACCGCCAAGCGCGCCUCCAACUGCAACAUUCGCUCCGGUACAGAUGGCGCCACCUGCAGCGGCCGUCGAUCCAAGACAGUUCCUCCCGCCGCAGAUCUUCUAUUGGCCGUACCCGAGUCCCCCUGGCUCUCCAACUGGGUACUACCCGGCUCCGGCACCGGCAACUCACGUGCCGGGGCCUCCACCUGGAGCUCUUCCACCGCAUUUCCAACAGCAGAUGGUCCAUACGCCGCUACCAAUCCACGACCGGGUACUUGGUCUGCCGGCAGACUGGUCCUUACCUCAGUUGCAACCAAUACCAAUUCUAGUAGAAGCAGCGUUGCACAGGCCUGAUCCCGAGAAGACUGGUCAAAAUAUAGAGCCAAAUCCUUGCGUUGAGAUUCUCAUUUAAAUUGAGACAAACACUAGACAUAUUUUCUUUAGUCAUAUGCAUCAGUUUGAAUUUCUUGCGAACCAUUUAUUUCAUUUAUCGAUUUUGAAAAUGUACACUUUGCAAUACAAUACUGGUGCAAUACAUAGCUGAGCUAAAAUAAAUAACUGUAUUCCAAAAUCAUUUAAAUAUAAUUAUUAUAUUGCUUGGUAUUUUAUGCUAUGGAAUGCCUAUAUUUAUUUUGCUUUAGCCGUGACAAAAAAUGGAUCGUACUUGGAGACACAGUACUAAGUAUAAUAUUUACAUAUCAAAUUGUUAUAGCUCAUAUAAACGUUGUAUAAAUCAGAGUUAUAUAGAUAAAACUCCAUCUUAAUAUAUUUCAGAUUAAUAUAUUGAUUUUAAAAUAGUUAAAACUGUGUUUCUAGCAUAAUCUCCGUAUUUAGAUAUUCAGUAAAAUGCUGUUGGAUUUGAAAAUAAUUAUAUUGGGGUAGGGUUAUGACACAAAUUGUUGAAUAAUGUGCGGGAUUGCGAAAAAAUGUAUUUCAACUUGUAAUUUUACAUGCAAAACAUUGCAUAAAAUGCAAGAAUAUUAACAUUUCUGUCAUUCCAAUUUGAAUACUUAGUGUCUUGAGGACUAGUGUUCGUAGACAUUCCUAUGUUGGCGGAGGGGACACCUGAAGGAUCAGUGAUGAAAUAUUUAAAAUUAUUAUGAAACAUGACAAACGGCAAAAGUUCCUAUUUUUUAUAUUGUCAAAUCCUCGGUCAUUUUAUGUGAGUCUUUGGAUUAUGUUUUGAACACGAGCAACUUCGAAGAAAGCUUGUUUUAAUAUUCAUAAAUCAAUUUAUUUAAAUAGACUGCCAACUAUGACAAAAAUUGUAGAAAAACAUAUUCCUAUGUAUAAUUUAAAUAUUUGUAACAUAUUACCGAGUCACUGGAGGUUUAUGUUAUUUGUUAUUUUUCAAUAGUAUUUUUUCCAUAUCUACCGACCUAUAAAAUAGUUAAAAAAAUAUUCUUGACAAUCAGUUUGUGCUUUGAAGCUUCUUGGACAUCUCGGCAAGUUAGCUACCCUUCAGAGUUUUGUAUUUCACUUAAAAGUAUCCUAAUUCAUAUUGAGAAUUAGGUAAAUCCAGAGCGAAAUCUAAAAAAUUAUAGCUUCUGAAAAAUGUCUUUUGUGGCGAAAUCUCUUAAAACAUUUCUGGAAAAGUAUUCAAGGCCACGUAAAUAAUAUUAUUGUCUUGGCAGAAAAAAACGUUCAUUUUUUGUUGGGAAACACUAUCGUUAUUAUAAUAGUAAACUAAGCUAUAUCUUCUAAAGCAAACGAUAAUCAUAUCAAUCACAUCAAUAUUGUUACUAAUACGCCCUGAAAAUGUUUUUCCAGAGAUUCUUAAUGAAAUGUCGUCACCAAAUAUCGAUACAAUGCAUUGUAUCGCCCCUUCUAGUUAUAAAGAAACAAAUAUUAUAAGUGCGUAAACCAAAAAAAUCGCUAUUAAAAAUUUUAAAUCAGCAAUUGCCGAUGGGCAUAUCUGGUAAGAGAACAGACAACAAAAUUUACUACGUCUUCCAAUUAACAUACUCCUUUUAGAGCCCUUUCUUUUUGAGGAAUUUUAGGAGCUCUGUGUUAUGUGAUGUACAGAUUAAAUAGUUAAAUAAUUAUUUUAGAGUGAUUUAUUUUUAAAAGAGUUGUGCGUUCGAAAUGAGUGGUAAAUGUGCAGAUAGAGGAAUUGUGUCAAAUAGAAAAGGUCUGAAUUGAUCAAAGAUAUAUUUGAUAAGACAUUGACUUUCAAGAUACAAGACAAGGUAUUUUUGUUGCAAUAAUGACUGAUCAGUUUCCAAAAAAUGCAUGUUCCGUUUAUUCAUAAUUUGAAGAGUUUAUUAGAAAUACUUGAUUCUUCUGACUUUUCAACCGUACGUGGAAUACGUGUACCAACCAAAAAAAAAUGGGAUUCACUAUUUUGUACAAGCAGAUAAAUCUUAUUUUCGAAAAAAAAAAACAGUGAUGAAUGCAUGUGUAAAAUGCCAGGCACAACUUCUAAUCAUGUUAUCGAAAAUGAACUUUAUUCUUUAUUAAUUUGAUAUUAGAAAAAACCUGCUUUCAAGCACUAUUUAAUCUGAAUUAAAUUUGUGAUGUAAUUAAUAGGAAAUAUUUUAGUAUCUAUAUUCCUAUAUAUAUACAACGAAAAAUAUUUAAGCUACUGCAGGUAUUAGUUGUCUUAUUAAUCGGAAAAAAGCUCAAAAUCGUUAGUUAUGUGCAAUAAUUUAAGAAUUUUGCAGAUAAGCAUAUUUUUUAGUGAUUAGAGCAUUUAGUCAGAAUGACUAAAAAUUAUUUAAUGUUGAGAAUUUAUAGAAUUUAGAUUAUAUACUGUACAUCGGAAUUGAGAAAACUGAUUUGAACCCCUAAACUUUGUUUCUCAGAAUUUCUGAUGCAAGGAACCAUAUAUUUUCAAUGGCUGUCUACGUAUAUAAAAUAUUUUAAAGCACAUAUAAUGAUCAAUCAGUCAUUGUGUUCAAAAGCGAUUUCCUCGAUUUUGAUGUUCGGUAAUUUAUUUUUUACAAUUGCUUUUUCAAUUGUGAAUUAGUCCGAAUAUGAAUGUUGUUAAAGCAGCGUAGAGUCACUUUACAAAUCACUUUUGUCUGCAAUUUAUUCACAAAGUACACAUUUCUGAGAAAGCUUAGUCAAUCUUAGCUUAUUACAAAUUAUUAAUUUAAGGAAUUUUUCCAUUGACAUAUAUUAUUUAAGAAUAUAAUUUUAAGGAACUCUUGUUGCAUUUUCCUAUGUGAUUUAUUAUGUUCUUUAAGGACGAAAUGGUAAACAUUUACUGCAAUCCUUUAUUACUGCUUAAUCUUUUAAAUUUGAGCAAUUAUAGAUCACCAAACAGUACUCAGCAAAAAAUAUGAGGCAAAUGAAAAUGAAAAAGUUCUAAUUAUAGUAGCAAUUCUAUGCAUAGCUUUCAAAAGCACAAUGGAUGAAUUCUUUGGUUUGGUACGAGUAUUGUUUGGUAAUAUUUCAAAAUUGAUCCGUAAUUUUACGUGAUUUUUAUAAAUGGAUGUUUUAGACAAUUUUAAUGAAAAUUACUGCAUGAAAUACGAGUAUCUAGCAGUGCAUUGGGUGCAGCAAAUGAGUACUAUAAGAUUUAGUUAUAUGUAAAUCUUUAUAGAUUUAUACUGUUUUUUGUUUUAAUAUUAUAACAAAUAAUAAAAUUAUCACUUGUUAAA